CCCUUACCACUGGGUGGCGCCAAAUCCCCAAAAGGUGAAUCCAUUUAAGUCCCUCCCACCAGGGCGUUACGUCAACGGCUCACGGAUCAGGACGCCAUAGUUCCUGUUGUGCAAAACAAGGAAGAGCUUAAAGACGUGGCCGAGCCGUGAUGGACUCCAGGUCUCGGAGACUUCCGUUUUCUAUGUCCAGCUCCAGAUCCUCCUAUGCCUUCACUCCCACCGUCUCCACGCCGCUGGGCUCCAGUCGCCGCUACGACAGGGAACCGGUGCUGAAAGAUUACCGCUUCCCAAGAGUAUCAUCGCCCUACAGAGCGGAUGCAGAUAAACGGAGUUCUCGCCUUUUGAGCUCGUCAAGAGAUUACAGCAGCUCUGACACUCGCUCCCCCAGCUGGAAGCUGCCUUCUUUGUCAUCCUCUGGCAGAUCGUACGACCGCCCCUGGGCUGAAUCGGCUCUCAGCAGUAGAAGCAAAGCGACUGAUUCUGAGGGGAGAUCAGGAGUUUGCUCAGGUUUACUGAAUUCCAGCGACGAUGCAGAAUCGAAAAGGGCCAAACUGUCUUACAGCAAUCGACUUUACACAAAAACGCCCAGCACUGCAGUUACAGGAUCCACCUAUUCCAGUAAUGUUCUCAGCAGUGGCAGAGCUGUUGCAGGUGACUUGGUGGAUUCAUCAUGGAGUUCGUAUCGUUUACUUUCUAGACCGUCCCCCUCUUCUUCAAAGCCGCUGUCGUCCUCCAGAGAACUGGAGCCAAAGGCUGAGCCCAGCCUCUCAGGUCUUGGAGAAAGGAGGGGCAGGACUCCUGGGCUGGUCUCCUCACUGUACCAAACAGAUAGGGUGAUGUCCACAUAUGCACAAGGAGCUCGACCCAAAGAAACUACCUCCUUCUCUGCAUCAAGGCAGAGCUCUCUGAGCCGCCAUGCCUCGUCCUCUGCCUCUCAGCAGACGCCAUUGCGCCUCCAUGACCUGGGCAGCAGAAACGCUGCUUGUUACUCCACUGCCUCAUCCUCUCUCCGCUCCACUCAGGAACAAGCCCGAAACCCAGAACCAUGCGUUUCCCCUCCCCACUCCUCCCACAACUCCUGGAAUCCCACCCCCCUGAGCAGACCAGAGCCCACCCUCCCACGGCCGUUAGACGAAAGUGGAGAGCUGGGGGGGCGCAGCUCCACGCGGCGCCUGUUGUCUCGUCUCUUUUCUCGCUGCUCCAGCCAGGACUCGUCCAGCGGCUUGUCCAGCGUUCGUUCACUAGAGGAUGACACUCCAUCAACUAGCGGGGAGUCCGUGGACAGCGACGAGGGAGCGGGGACGGUUGGCAGGGACCUUGAUAUCAGCGGAGCAGCGGAAGCCUCAGAUGGCCUCAGGAGUCAUAGAACCAGCCUCCCUCCUAUUCAGGAAAACAAUACGGGUCAUAUGGGCCCAGCCCGGCCCAGAAUGGCUCCUCUGAGAGAGUCCUCUGCAAGCAGCGGAGCAGGAGGGAGGAGCUCAUCCUGGUUCCUUUCCUCCCUCCGUGGCCGCUGCCCUCCUCUGCUGUCUCGCCUCAGGAGAUAUGCAAGAGAAGAUGGCGCGCAGGCAGCCUCCCGCUCAGAGGAAGGCUACGGCCGUCCACAUUUACUCAGCAGGUGGGAUGACCUCGAUCAUAAAGCCUUGCAAGAUGAUGAGGAUGAGGAGGAAGAUGAUGAUGAUGAUGAAGAGGAGGAGGAAGAAGGGGCCUUUGCUUUGGAUGCUUUUGCUGACUCUUACGCUGAUAGAAUAGAGGACGAAGCAUUGCCUGAGCUGGAAGCUGUGUUCUCACCCCGCCGCAGGCUAGGAGUGCUGGAGAACAUUGUGGCCCCUGAGGGCCGAGCUGAGAGGCAGCUGGAGGGCCAGGAGGAAAAGAGUCUCUGCAGCAGGGAUCAGGAGAAGCUGCGCAGGAUCAAAGAAAAACUGUUAAUGGAGGACUCUGAAGAGGAGGAAGGAGACCUGUGCCGAAUCUGUCAGAUGCAGGAGGAGUCCUCUACCAACCCCCUGAUCCAGCCGUGCAGCUGUACAGGCAGCCUGCAGUACGUCCACCAAGAAUGCAUCAAGAGGUGGCUUAACUCCAAAAUCAGCUCAGGAAGCAACCUUGAAGCAAUCACUACAUGCGAGCUCUGCAAGGAGAAACUGCGCUUGAACAUCGAGAACUUUGACGUUCAAGAGUUGUACAAGACUCACGUCCAGUCGAGAUUUGAGGAGUUCAUCAGCAGCGGCUUCUACCUGGUGGUGCUUCUGCAGUUCUGUGAGCAGCGCUUCUCAGAUGUCCUCAGAGAGGUGGACACAGCCAGGUUAUUCUGCCUGGUGAAUAUUCUUGAACACAUGGACAGUCUUGAAACUCCAAGCGGAGAAAGCGACGAGGAGGGGCAGGACAGCCGGCCGUCCAUCGACUUCUCUGACCUGGACGAGGACCUGGAUGAUUACUGAUAAAACAUGAGGUUUUAAAAGUAGCUCACAUGAUGGGAGCUUUCAGAGCUACUCCACGCUGUUUUGUAGCGCACUCGGUUUCUGCUUUGACGAU